CAUUUAUGUACAAAAUAUUUAGUUACAAGGUAGAAUGCGUUUAUGGUUACAAUUUAGAAUAAAAUUGGAAAAACUCGAAAAGCGUGUUUUGACAAAAGUUGCUACUAUUUUUCAUCUUCAGACGGAAAUUUGGACGUUUGGUUGUUCUUAUGUAGCAAUUUGACUAUCUGAUUCACCAUUUAAAUUAGGUGAAGAAUUGUUCUGCAUAGAUCGCUGUAUACGAGGUUGAUUUGUUGCUGUAUAUCUGGAUUUUACGGUAUGCAUUAUUCUACAAUGAAGCUGCUCAUAAACUGUUCGAUGAAAUGUCUGACUCGGUAUUUUCUGGCCGUGUAAGCUUUAGUGGAAAAACCCAUUUGCAGGAAACUGUGGAUAAAGCUUGAAAUGGCCUGCAAGUACGUUGCUAAUUUUCUGUGUAGAUCAAGACAUUUAUUGAGAACUCAAGAUAAUGGGAUGCUUACGAGGCUAGCGUAUUAUCGUUCUGGAGGAGGAGAAGAAUCGUCCGAAACAGAAGAAGAGAUUUUUUCUUCGGAAUGGUGUGGAAUGGCUUUCUCAAAGAUGAAGAAAUGGAGCCACUCUCUGAAAGAAUUCGACUUGAUUGAUGGACGGCUUGUCAAUAUCAACGACCAUUCAAGAAUUUACGACGAUAAGCUAGAGAAGAAACUGCAUACUUUCAAGUCCGUUGCUAGGGUCUUUAUCGGGCUCCCGCUAACAAAAGAGACAAUGAAGAAGAAUAUAUUAGCUUCAUUUGCCGACACACAAUUCGCAGAAUUUCAAUACUUCUCUAAAUGCCACGAAAGGGAGCCACUCAUAGUGAAGUCGUUAUCAAAGAUUUCCGACAUUUUGAGCGUUUCUGCACAGCAAAGGAAGGUGGUAAGGCAUAAUAUAUGCCCACAGAUCACAGAACACCAAAUAUGGACCGGAGCACUUGUUGAAAUACUCAACGGAUUGAAAUCCGAAAUCGAGGUUUUGAUUGACCGCAGGCCAAGUAAAGAGACAAGAUUGGCUCAUCAAAUCACUACUGGCUUACUAAAGUUUCUUGAAUCUGCUGUAUCUUACGACCCCGAAACCAGUUCUUGGAUGCGACUAACGCCUACAAAGGGGGCGAAUACCCCCAAAUCGCCUAAAUGGGAAGAUGCCCUCGAGAUGGCAAUGGAUCUAAUCAACUGCCUAACCGAUGAAGAGGAUUUAGCAAUCCAUGUUUCGAAGCUAGAGGGAAUGAAAGAAGGGUUGUAUCAGAUUCGGGAGGUGUUGAUCGAUAAGAACAUCGGAUACAAGGAGAUUAGGUACCAAGAACAUUUGGUGCAGAAAAAGCUCACGAAAAACUUGGGCCUUCCAUCUCAAUGUUUGUUUACGCUUCUUCUAUAUUAUCUUUACGGAAGCGUUGAAAACGUUGAAAUAGAAGUGCGUGGAGGGGUUCAUGCAAUCGGUUACGGGGGUAAGUUUUGCUUGUAUAUGGGGAAGAUUUUGACGGUGGAUGAGGAGAAGGUAGUUUGGAAUGGGGUGAAGCAAUUGGAUAAGGCAUUGAGUUUGUUUAAGUUCGUGUGGGAAUCGGCAGGCAUGAAAGGAGAUUUGGUGCUUCAAGGCCAUUUGUGGUGUGUUGGAGCUCAAAACAGGUCUAUUUUAUACAGAGGAAAUACUUACAUGAUACAUGAAAUCAAUCUCUGAAUAUGUACUGAAAUAAGUUUGAAUUUUGUUUUCAUUUUCGGUUUUUUUUUACAUGUAAUGUUUAAAACAUUUUUUUGAAAUACGAUGAAGUUAGAGGGGACGUUUGGUUUCAUUUUCAAAACUCAAUAUUCCAAGCUAUAUACUAUU